AGGAAAGUCACUUGAGACGUUCACAGCUCCCUGGCCAGCGCGAGCCAUGACAGGGACUUCUACAUGCAUAUACCACUUCCUUGUUUUGAGUUGGUAUAUUUUCCUCAAUUAUACCAUCUCCCUACAAGGAGUGGAUCAGCGGAAAUCUGAAGUCUUUCUUAAUGGCGGCCCAUGGAAGUACUUGACAUUGAUUAAUCUUCUCUUGCAGGCCAUUUUCUACGGGGUCGCCUGCCUGGAAGAUGUGCUGAAGAGAAUUGAAAGAAAAAAAAGCAUUACGUUUGUAACUGCCUUCAGAGACCUCCUUUUUACCACCCUGGCCUUUCCGAUAUCCACAUUUGUAUUUGUAACCUUCUGGAUCCUCUUUCUGUAUGACCGAGAACUUGUUUUCCCUAAGGCCCUAGACGAUGUCUUUCCAAAGUGGUACCAUCAUGCAUCGCACACAGUUAUAUUACCCCUCUCCUUGACUGAAGUCACCCUCGGGCCGCACAGCUACCCGCUGAGGAAGACAGGACUCACCAUACUGACUGCUUUCAGCGUUGCAUAUCUCAGCCGGGUCCUAUGGAUCUACUCUGAGACGGGUACCUGGGCGUAUCCCGUGUUUGCCAAACUCAGCCCGGCGGGUCUCGCAGUCUUCUUCUCCCUCAGCUACGUCCUCGUUGCUGGCAUCUACCUACUUGGAGAGAAGCUCAACCUCUGGAAAUGGGGUGACAAGAAGCAGCUGAGGGAGAAGAGGAACUAAUUAUAUGCUGUCUUCCAAAGGCUAAAGAUGAAGAAAAGAAGAGAGUUUCUUCCUUCCUUCCUUCCUUCCUUCCUUCCUUCCUUCCUUCCUUCCUUCCUUCCUUCCUUCCUUCCUUCCUUCCUUCCUUCCUUCCUUCCUUCUUUCCUUCCUUCCUGGUGCAGAUUCGUGGUGGUGCGACAUAGGAAGGUAGAAAGGACUGGGAGUGUUAUUUAAAUUUAAUAAUAUGGUGAUGAAGGUAGCUUAAUUUGAGGACUCGUGGUUUUUUGAGGGGUUUACUGGACGUGCAUUUGACACCUCCUGCAGUCUCAGAAUUUUUUACCUUUGGUCAAAAUCUGGCCAAAGGCCAAAGAAACUCACAUAAACUGGGUGUGAGAGAAUGUCUGAGAGCGAAGAGAACUCAUGGUCAUCUCAGCACUUCAUGUGACCGACGAAGAUGCUGAAGGCCCAGGUGAGAAGUCACGUGCAGACAGCCAGAGAGGUAGUGCGUAACCAAGACAACAGCUUUUGUCUCCCAGAUCUUCCAACUCCCAGUCCUGUGCUAUUCUUGAAUAAUCCCAAAUUUCUUCCAAACAAGCAUUUUCAUAAACUAGUUAUUUUAAUGACUUGCUCAUCCAUUUUUUUCCUCUUGACCUAGAUAGCUUCAGCUAAAGUUGUCUACCUGGUAUAAGAACAAAUUAAUUGGGAAAAUGAGAGAGUAAGCUGUAAGAAUUAUUGUGAGCAAGCAUUUGAGGCAGGUAUAAACAUUGAACAUAGUGAUACUGUCAAAAUCUCUUCUGUUCAAAUAUUGAUUAAUUCAUCAAAUAAAUAUAUA